AUGGCAUUUGGCAUCUCUCUCUCUCUCUGGCACUUGGUGUCUCUCUCUCCCUCUCUCUCUGGCACUUGGUGUCUCUCUCUCUCCCUCUCUCUCUCUCUCUGGCACUUAUCUCUCUCUCUCUCUCUCUCUGGCACUUGGUCUCUCUCUCUCUCUUUGGCACUUGGUCUCUCUCUCUCUCUCUUUGGUACUUGGUGUCUCUCUCUCUCUCUCUUUGGCACUUGGUCUCUCUCUCUCUCUCUCCAUUUGGAACUUGGAUUCUCUCUCUUUGUCCCUCUGCAACUUGGUCAUUUACUUUCUCUCUUUUUCCCUCUGCAGCUUGGUUGCUUGGUCUCUCUCUCUCAUUUCAUCUUAGUCUCUCUCUCUCACUUCAUCUUGGUCUCUCUCUCUCCUUCAUCUUGGUCUCUCUCUCUCUCUCUCUCUCUCUCUCUCUCUCUCUCUCCUUCUGCAGUGUGGUCUUUCUCUCUCUCUCUCUCUCCUUCUGCAACACAGCUUCUCACUUUCUCUGCAACUUGCAUUGUCUUUGCUUGUCCACUUUUAAAUUAUCCUUUCCUUCUCCCCUUUGCAAAUUUCCUUUUUCUUUUUCUCCCCUUCAAAAUUUUCCUUUCCUUCUCCCCUUUGCAAAUUUCCUUUUUCUUUUUCUCCCCUUCAAAAUUAUCCUUUCCUUCUCCCCUUUGCAAAUUUCCUUUUUCUUUUUCUCCCCUUCAAAAUUAUCCUUUCCUUCUCCCCUUUGCAAAUUUCCUUUUUCUUUUUCUCCCCUUCAAAAUUUUCCUUUCCUUCUUCACUUUCAAUUUUAUCAUUAUUACUUCCUUUAAAUUUAUUUUUCCUUCUUCAUUCAAAUUUUAUCUUUUCGUCUUCAUUCAAAUUUUGCCUGUUCUUCUUCAUUCAAACUUUACUUUUUCUUCUCCCCUUAAAACUUUACCUGUUCUUCUCCCCUUAGAACUUUACCGGUUCUUCUCCCCUUGCAACUUUACCGGUUCUUCUCCCCUUGAAAUUUUAUCUUUCCUUCUCCCCUUGAAAUUUUAUCUUUCCUUUUCCCCUUGA